CUGCAAAUUUUUUUAACUCUAGAUAUUAACUCUGCAUUUUGGUCUAUUCCUCUUCGAAUCGAAGAUAGAAAAAAGACAGGAUUCGUAACACAGGAAGGACAUUUCCAAUGGACAUGCCUACCUUUUGGACUAAAGACCUCGCCGGCAAUUUUUCAGAGGAUAUUAAGUAAUAUUUUGAGGAAGUAUAAACUUACUGAUUUUACGGUUAAUUACAUAGAUGAUAUCCUUAUAUUUUCGAAAUCUUUUACUGAACACAUUAACCAUCUUUCACGUUUGCUGGAAGCAAUAAAAACAGAAGGUUUCAGAUUAAAAUUUCAAAAAUGCACAUUUGCAUCAGACUCAGUGAAAUACUUGGGUCAUGUAAUACAAAAUAAUUCUAUCAGACCAGUAAAGGACAAUUUAAUUUCAAUAAAAAAAUUUCCUGUUCCAAAAACGCAGAAAAAUAUAAGACAAUUUCUAGGAAAAAUUAAUUUUUACCUUGAUUAUAUACCGAGAAGUUCAAUAAUACUAGACCCAUUGCAUAAUUUACUCAGAAAAAAUCAAAAGUUCAUUUGGUCUGAUGAUUGUCAAAAAGCAUUUGAAAUGAUAAAAAGCCUGCUAUGCUCCCAACCAGUUCUUGAAAUUUUUGAUCAAGAUUUACCAAUCAAUAUUUAUACAGAUGCUUCUUUGGAAGGUAUAGGAGCCAUUUUAAAACAGACACAACCUAAUGGAAAAGAAAAACCAGUGGCUUACUUUUCAAAAAAGUUAAAUGAAGCACAAAAGAAGAAAAAAGCUAUAUACUUAGAAUGUUUAGCUAUCAAAGAAGCAGUGAGAUACUGGCAAUACUGGUUGAUAGGUAAAUCAUUUACAGUUUAUUCAGACCACAAACCACUGGAAAACAUGAAUCUGAAAUCUAGAACCGAUGAAGAGCUGGGAAAAGAAAAUUUGGAAGCAGACUGUCUAAGCAGAAAUCCAGUAUUAGAAUCAAAUGACAACACAGAUGAACAAUUAAAAAUUGUGAACUUAAUUAAACUGGAAGAUAUUGUUACAGAUCAAAAUAAAAAUGAAGAAAUACAAAAUAACAAAAACAAAUUGAUUGAAAAACAGAGUAUAUUCUACAAAAAGAUAAGGAAAAAAGAAAAAAUAAUCCUAUCAGAAGAGUUAAGUAUAAAACUCUUAAAAAAUAUACAUGAAAACCUAUGCCAUAUUGGAAUCGGACAAAUGCAAAAGACUGUUAGUCCGCUAUACACAGCCAAAAAUUUCAUAAAAAACAUCAAAAAAAUUUGUACAAGCUGUGAAAUUUGUAUUAAAAAUAAAUCAAGAGGACAUGACCGAUUUGGCUUGAUGUCUCAUCUAGGUCCAGCUACAAAGCCUUUCGAAAUAGUCUCUAUAGAUACAUUUGGAGGUUUUGGAGGUUCAAGAUCGACAAAAAAGUAUUUACAUCUGUUAGUAGACCAUUUUACAAGAUAUGCAUUUAUUUUAACCUCAAAAACUCAGAGUGCCAAUGAUUUUAUAAAACUAAUUACAAACAUAACAGAAACGGAGGACAUUGGUAUAAUUCUCACCGACCAAUACCCGGGAAUCAAUUCAAAAGAUUUUAAGAAAUUCUUAAAUGACAAACGGAUACCUUUGGUCUUCACAGCAGUAAAUGCACCAUUCUCAAAUGGCCUCAAUGAGAGAUUGAAUCAAACAUUAGUGAACAAAAUCAGAUGUAAAAUAAAUGGAGAAGGAAAAAAAAGAGCCUGGACAACAAUAGCUCAAGAAUGUGUAAAUAAAUAUAAUGAUACUAUUCACUCAGUCACUGGCUUUACACCGAGUUAUCUUUUGUAUGGUAAGGAUGUUACAAUUUUACCAAAUGAAUUAAAACAAGAAAUAUCAAAUAAGGACUGGAUCAGAGACAGAAAAUCUGCACUUGAAAAUACUAUGAAAUCACAUAACUACAACAAAACACUAUUCGACAAAAAUCGAAAAUACUAUGAAUUUAAUGUAGGAGACAUGGUGUAUGUGGAAAAUGGAAAAAAAAUAAACAGAAAAAAAUUAGAUGAACUGAGAAUUGGACCUUAUGAGAUAGUUGAAAAAAUUUCAAACUCAAUAUACAGAAUUGAAACUGGUCACAAAAAAACUGAAUCAAAUCUUUUCCACAUCACAAAAAUUAUUCCAGUCCGUUCAUUUGACGAAGAAGAAACAGAAGAUGAGAAGGUUACCUGA